AUUUUACUGCCUUAUAGACGGAAAGCUGUUUGUUUUGGAUCAUUCGAAGGUGAAAUAGUUCUACUUUGAAACAAUGAGUGGGUCUGUUGUGAACGAAAGCGUCCCUGUCAUUCAUGAAAUACCGGCUGACGACGGUAAUUCUCCUAAACAGACGGCAGAAGUAGUAAACAACGUGGCCGCGAGUUCGUCCCCAGUGGCCCCAUUUCUUCGUGUUGAGCAAAUAAAAGACGAAGAUGGCACGAGCUCUGUGUACACGAGCGAGGAGGAGGGGGACGGUGACCGGGAUAAGUCCCCAGAGCCCGAGUUCCACCCUCCGACUGAUGAAUUACGCGACAAGAUAAUCAAACAAGUUGAAUUCUACUUUUCUGAUGUCAACAUAUUGAAGGAUGCCUUUUUGUUGAAACACGUUCGAAGAAACAGACAAGGUUAUGUGAGCAUCAAACUUAUUACUUCUUUUAAGAAAGUGAAGUCUUUAACAAAAGAUUACCGUGCUGUAGCAUACAGCUUAAGACAUUCUGAUCAUCUUGAAGUGAAUGAAGAAGGAAAGAAGGUGAGACGAAAAGACCCACUCCCUGAAUAUGACGAAACGACACCUUCACGUUCAGUCGUUGCAGUUAAUCUUCCUAUGGAGGUGCCAUCAAUUGAAAAUGUGGCUGAACUUUUUUCUAAGUGUGGUGAAGUUUCAUUAAUUCGUAUCCUGCGCCCUGGCAAGAGUAUACCACAGGAUGUUAAGAAAUAUGCAGCAAAACACACUGAAAUUGGUACCACAAUAUGUUGCGUUGUUGAAUUUGAAAAGCAUGAAUCUGCUAAACUUGCCUGUGAUACAAUGACAGAUACUGAAGAUUGGCGGAAAGGUAUGAGAGUCAUGCUUCUAGCUCCUCAGAAAAAGAAAGAAAAAAAGAAGGACAAAGAAGGGAAUGAGGAAAACGAAGGUGAAGAUGGGGAGGAAAACCACGAAAAGAAAAAGAAAAGGCGAGAAAGAAGGAAGAAAAACAGAGUUGAUGAACUUGCUUGUGAAAAUGAUUCAUCAUAUGCUAGUAGUGGGUCUGAGGCUGAUACUCCCACACCUGUAAAGCAUUCUGUUGCACAUCAUCAAAAGUCACUCAGUCCAAAUCAUUUGGACCCCAAUAGACUAAGCCCAUCGACUUCACCUCGUUCUAGUCCAAGAUCUAGUCCAAUGACAAGCCCUAGGUCCCGUCGCCGAAAUCAGCACACUAAGUCACCCCUGACACAUGGAAGUCCUAGCAACAGUCCUAGGAACAGCCCUAGAAGCAGUCCAGAAAUGAGUAGAAAGACUUAUGAUUACUCCUCUGGUGGAGACAGUACCCCUUCUAGUCCUUGGGUACAGCGUAGGCUCAAAGCUGCUCAGGAAAUCAGUCCAUUGGCUAAUAACUCAACCCCUGGACGCAGUCCGAAUGGAAGACAUCACAUGUUAGAUAUGGAAGGAGUAAUGAGACAACCCAAAGGUCCUGAUGGGACUCCAGGGUUCUAUCUUGGACGUGGUAAACCAAGGAGCAGUACAUUUUCAUAA